ACAAUUCAUAACCAUGUUGAUUUCGCAAACAAGAGUUGAUUUUUCUAUAGUGCUUUUGUGUGUUAUAUUUUCAAUAGGUAUCGCACAGCUAAAUGUUGUAAAACAUUACUUUGUUAUAAAAAUAGAAAGAAGAAUUCGUCCUAACAGUACAUCAGUCAUGACGCAAAUAACCCAGUCUCCAACAGCUUGUGCGUCAUUGUGCUCCAUACAGGAAACAUGUUGCUACGCUAGUUAUGAUAGGAAAACAAAGCACUGCUAUUUGGAUGAAUCUUGUUGCCCACAAAGUGAGCCUUCAGUAGAUGCACUUAUGUUGAAAAAAAUAACAGUUUCAUUCUCAUGUCAAAACAGAUGGUUAAAGUGCGAAAAUAAAUGGUACUACUUUAGCGACGUUGAAAAAACGUGGGACGAAGCUAGGCUAAUGUGCAAAGGUUAUGAAAGUAUGCUAGCAGAAGUCGGUUCUAGUGAUGAAAACGACUUUUUGAAGAAUAUAGCAACUGUUUGUGACAAAUCUUACUGGCUAGGUGGGGAUGACAAACUAAGUGAAGGUACUUGGAUUUGGGCCAGUAGUCGGACCAAAUUUUUAUUUACUGAUUGGGAUGAUAGAGAACCAAAUAACUAUAAUGAUGGUGAAGAUUGCAUUCGCAUCGCGAGGAAAUUUGACUUCAAAUGGGGGGAUGCUGAAUGUAGCAAAAAAUACAGAUUCAUAUGUGAAAAAAGGUUGAGCAAUUGAAUUGAAAAGAAAAGAUCUAGCAGCAAACGAUUAGUAUUGUUUGAAUGUCAUUGAAUUAGUUGUGAUGUCAUGACGAAUGUGAUGCAUAUUUUGUGAUGAAAUUACGAUUCAAUAGUUGAUGUUAUUUGUGUUUCUUUGCUCUUAGUGAAGAGUCAUAAAUCAUGUUGAAAUAUCAUCAUAACCAUAAUGAAAUCCGACCAUUGUUUUUACGUAAAGAUUGAACAAUUUUAUAUUUUUACGAUUGAUAUAUGUAGUUCUGUCAAGCCUUGUGAAUUACAGUAUAAUGGUUGGUUUAAAUCCUGACAUUAGAACCUCGUUUACUUUAACAACUGGAAAUGAUUUUUAAAUCAUAGCCAUGUACAAAUGAAGGAGGAUAUUUUUUUGUUUUGUGUCUUAAAUUACGUUUCCAACCAUUUUUAUUCUUUUCUGAAUACCAUAUUGUAGAUCGAUAUUUUACGUAAUAAAUGGUUCGUAAAGUCCAGCCUAAUCCAUUUGAUAUUUACCCUUAACAAAGCUCAAAAUUGUUUUUGUCAAUGGAUAAGUUUAAUUUGUUAAUAUGGUGCAAACUAUGUGCUUGAAGUAAAAUAACAAUGUCAUAAGUAAUUUAUGUUAACCGUCUGAAAGUGUCUUUCACUGUUUAAGUAAAUGAAAAUAUACUGCUUUAGUUUAUGUUGCUCA